CUGAUUCUUGGAAUUUAUUCAUAAGUUUACAAAUGUUUCGCCCCUGACUUCAUGAAAUAGCAGUUUUUAAGCGUUUUUGUCUGAAUACAAAUCGUUAGAAACUUCGUUGCAUAAAAAUAGUUUGCGAAUGUUAAUUGGUUUUCCUCCUUCGUGUCUGAAGGUUUUACCAAACGGAAUUGACCUUGCCCCGAAAACAUGGUGUUUCGUUGCAGCCGCUUAUUAGGGUAGAGGUAGACCUUCUUGCUUAUCAUUGUGAGUUGCAAAAAAGAUUGUUUGAGCAGUUCCGGAGAACAAAUAUUUGCUCAAUAUACAUCGAAAACUGGUGUAGUUCACAUCUAGUGUUGAUAGAACCAGCAGUUCACAUCUAACGUUGGUGGAAACAACGCUUUGUGUUAAGAUGGCAGAGAACAAAGAAAUGAAAGAAUCUGUGCUUAGAAAGACGCUGUUUCAGAGCAAAAACAUGGCGCAGAUGUAUUCACUCUACAGAGACGUUUAUCCUGAUACAUUGGCACCAACAAUAAUGGAGUUCGUGCAUGUUCACAACAGAGUUGUUGGUGGUGCCAAACUUGGACGGAUGGUUGAAGUUGGCUGUGGCAGUGGGCAAGCGAUUAAGAAGUUUGUUUCUUAUUUUGAUAAUAUUAUCGGAAUCGAUAUUAGCGCGGAACAGAUUCAAGAAGCCGAGCAAAAUAAUCCAUUUCCCAACGUUAGCUAUGCAGUUGGAGACGCGUAUAAGCUGCCGUUCGAUACAAGCAGUGUUGACGUCGUAAUGUGUGGCGAGGCGAUCCAUUUCUUUGACGUUGACAAGUUUUUACGUGAGGUGGCUCGUGUCCUUCGUCCUCAAGGCUGCGUAGCAAUAUUUGGAUACUGGAUGCCCGUUAUAACACCCGUUGGUGUGGCUGAUGCAUCUGAAAGGGACAGGUUGAAGAAAAUUGGUUCAGAAUUGGCAAGAAAGUGCAAAGUCGGUGGAUGCUAUAUGGAAAAGAUUAAAUCACAUUUAACUUGUGAAUAUAAAGACAUAUACGAACAGCUAUCUUCGCCUGUUAAAGUUCAUAACACUGAUCUCAAGUCGGACCUGAAAUGGAAUAUAUCUCAACUGCUGGGCUAUUUUAACUCGCUAUCACCAUAUAACUUGUACAUGAAGAAGAAAAGGGAAGAUCUCGAAAGAAAAGGUCAAUUUUCGGAGAAGGCAUUGGAAAAACAUGACAUCAAUGAAAUUUUUAGGAGAGACCUGAGAAAAGCAUGGAAUGUGACAGAUCAAAACGAUGUAGAUGUUUGGAUGAAAGUGGAGUUUGGUAUCUUUGUCGUCAUGGGAAACAGACCAGUGUACAAUUGAUUAUCAAUAGAUAAAAAUAAUAAAUUUUAAAUCAA